AUGAAUCCAGAUGAUCUUAAGGCUUCAUCAGAUUUCACAGUCACUCAGUUUCCCUCUCAGCCUUGUAGCUCUCUUGAAGAGCAACCACCAAAUAUUCACGUGAAUACUGCCUCAAAGAGUGAAGACUCCUCAGGAGAGAACCCAGCAGUGGAUCUUGUGGAAUGCAGUGACAAGGCCUCUGAGCCAACCUCUGAAGAUCCUCAGUGUGCAGAACAGCGCUCCCUCUGGAGAUCCAAAAGAAGGAAACAGGCUCGGCCCAUUCGCAGUGCCUCUUUGGAAGACCCAGACUUCCAGGGCGUCACGUUUCGGAUGGACACAGAGCUAGAUGACACAAAGGAGCAGUGUCGGCUUCUCAUCACCUCAAAGUACAGCUCGGAUCUCCCUGUGAAGAGGACAAGGCUUAGGACAAGAAUGUCUCAGAGAUUUCUGAAAACCAGCUCUGAUGAGGACAGUGACUCGGCGACUAGUGAAAUCAAGGACAAAGCCUGUGCAUCCUGCAGCACCAAGAAAACCCCAAUGUGGAGAGAUGCUGAGGACGGGACUCCACUCUGCAACGCCUGUGGAAUAAGGUAUAAGAAGUACAGAGUGCGCUGCACACACUGCUGGAAUAUCCCAAAGAAGGACGGAAACUCUUGCUGCAGUAAAUGCGGCCACUUUAUGAGACUGACCUCAGCUCAGAGAAAAACCACUGUUUGA